AUGGGUGCAGGUUCACCCAACAAGGAUCAAUCUGCAGGCAAAGGAGGUUUGGUGCUACAAAAGUAGUUGCCAGCUUCUUCCAUCCCAAGAUUCAAUCCUCAUGGAGCCUAACCGCCACCCCAACUAAAGCAAUAAGAUUACCAAUCUUACUCCCCAACUAAGAAUGCAUCUAAAAAGAAGGUAGCUAAUGACGAUGACUAAGUUGAUUUUUCUAAGUUUGAUAUAGAAGAACUGCUCCAAGCAGAUGGAAUAGAAUUUAGAAAUCCUGAGAAAGCCCCAGGAGGCUGGCUACCACUUGAAGCCUAUGACGACAAAGAAUUUGAAACUAAAAAACCUCAAGAUUGGCUGAAAAUGACAUCAGUUGCAAAUAUCGCUAAAUAUGCCUCUCAAGGAGGUUUCUAGGGUGUUAAUUCACAAGGUCUUUGGAAAGACAAAGACGGGCUCUGCUACUGGAGAAAGCUGAGAGUACUGAAGUUCCUUCCCAAAACUGAAAGGUUUGAAGGUUUCUGGGAAAAUACCAAGGAGAAAUGCAGACUUCACAGAAUAUUCAUCCUCUUUGAGGAGGAAGACCCAAGACUAUUUGUGAGAAGAUUCAAACAAGCCUAUAACAAUAGAAUUUGUGCUGAUUCUCUUAUUAAGUACAAUUACUACAUUGAAAAUAUGCCCACUCAUCAAAUCCCUGAGAUUGACAAUGAUCAAGUGAAUAGAGUGUUAAGCAUGACAUAGAAUACUAAAGCUCUGAGAGGCAAGAGUUCAUCAGACACCACAACUUUAUUAAGCGAGGUUAACUUUGAAUUUGCCAAGACUAUGAACAAGAUAGUUUUUGAUAAGCAUUUAAAAGAAAAGGGUAAUGAGCUUAUCACUGGAAAUUUGAGACUCCCAGCAAAGCCACCUGCAAAGCUUACCCCAUUCUUUGGAAUGAUAUCCAUUCCACCUCACAACUUCCCAGAGUAAUUCUCACAGUUCUGUUUCAAUACCUUACAAAACAAGGACGAAGUGAUCAGAGCACAGCAAGAUAUCAAGAAAGAGUGCAAUGAUGUUUUGGUUAAGGAUAUAUACAAUCCAAAUAUAACAAAGACCAUGAGAAUAGAUGAAUUCAAGCAGAUCUAAGCUUCAUCUAUAUCCUAAACCUCUUAUUACCUUAGAGAAACUUGGGUCAAUAAAAUCAAGGAAAUCAUUAAGAAUAACUUCCAAGAGAGUUCCUCAACUGGAAAAUCUUGGUUCAAUUUGAAUGAAACUAACAAGGAAGCAUAUGAUAUGGGGAAAUUGAAAAAAUUCUUAACUCUAAUUAAGUUCUUAAUGCAAGAUACACUUCUUUAUAUGACUUAAAAAUCAGUUUAAAAAUUCGUUGACUCUGUAUUUGUCUUUUUACCUAGAGCAGUUAAGGUUAUCGACUCUAACACAGUUGAAAACCAUUUCUACACUGAGGAAUUUUUAAAGUAAAACGAAGGUGUUAAGCCACCUAUUCCAUUGUUUUCGAUUGAUUUAAUGCUCAGUGAGAAUAAUGUGCCUAUGUUCAGCACCAGUCCCUAGGAUGUAGUAACCACUAUUAUGCUAAUAUUUGAUAAUGGUCUCAAGGCUCUCUAAGAGAUUAGUCAACCUGAGUAAAAGCUCCUUCCUCAUUUAUUCAAAACAAAUAUUAAGAUGUUCUUGAAAUCUACUGUAAGGCCAGAUCUUAAGCCCGAUGAGGUUGACCCAAGUGACAAGAAGUCCAUUCCAGAUGAGAAUUCUUGGGUAUUUGACUCUUAUUUCAAAUUAAGAGAUGCUCUUGAGGAGGCAAUCAAGCCCUUAGAGCAAUACAUUAGAACAUAUGAUAAGUAUGACAAGGAGUAUAAACUAGACCCAGCUGCUAUAAUCAAGAAAUUAGACGACGAUGAUAACCCUCCUGAGAUAGAUUUCUUGAAAAAAGAUGUUCUGUUCCACCAAGAAGAAGCUGAAAGACUUAAGGGUGAGAUACCAGACUACAUCAUUGUGUCUAUCUUCAAGGUCAGCUGCAAGGAAAUCAGAGCCACACUUGCAUAGAAGCACACCAAGAUUGCAAAUGAUUAAAUUGAAUUGAUAGCAAAGAGAGCUAAACUUUAAGCUGACGAGAUCUUGAUUGCUUUUGAAAAGAUGAACAACAAGAUAGAAAGUGCCCCAAGAGACAUUGAGGAACUCACAAGUAUUAAGGACUACAUGUCAGCUAUUCCCAAUGAAAUAGAGAAAUUGAUGCCAGACUUGAAAACAUGCAUGCAGAUCUAUGAUAUUCUAAGUCAAUUCAACUACAGAUUCCAUUAGGAUGAAGACUAUGAUGAGAAAUGGAGACUUUUCGGGUCACCAAAGGAAACAGUCGAGAAGAUCGACAAGCAGCACGCUUACCUAGCUAAGGAGCAAGAAAGAUUCAUUUAGCAGAUGAUGGGUCAACAAACUGAAUUUACUGCCUCAAUUGCUGAACUUGAAAACUUAGUUUCAUCAUUCCAACAGUAUCAAGAUAUCAAUCAAUUUGAGGAAGUAGCAGGAAUGACUAGAUCAAUUUAUGCUAGACUUCAAAAUGCUAAUGAGCAGGCAAAGGUAUUUAACAACAGAGAGAUGCUUACUGGUCUUCCAGAUACAGAUUACACCUAAAUUCAGAUUAUGAUGAAAGACUUUUAACCCUACUAUAACUUGUGGACAACAGUUGACAACUGGAGAAAGAGUCACAAGUCCUGGCUUUACGAUGACUUCGCAAUGCUUGAUGCCUAGAAGUUAGAAGAAACUGUUGAUCAAAGCAACAAGACUAUGGCUUAAGUCAUCAGACUUUUCAGAGACAAGGAACUUCCAGGCAUCCUAAAGAUUGCUGAGUCAACUAAAGCUGAUGUCGAGGAGUUCAAGCCAUUUGUACCACUUGCACUAGCUCUGAGAACAGAGGGUAUGAAAGAUCGCCACUGGCAAGCAAUUUCAGAGAAGGUAGGUUUCGAGGUCAAGCCAUAUGAAGGAUUCACAUUUAAUCAAUGCCUUGAGAUGGAUCUCCACAAGUACAGUGAGGAGUGCGUUGAUAUUGGAGAGAGAGCUGGAAAGGAAUACAAUAUUGAGACUAGUUUGAUAAAGAUGAAGAGAGAUUGGGAGGCUGUUGAGUUCAAUCUUCUCGCUUUCAAAGCUACUGGUACAUAUUCAGUUACAGGUUUUGAUGAUGCCAUGGCAAUGCUUGAUGAGCACAUCGUUUUGACACAGACUAUGCAAUUCUCACCAUUUAAGAAGCCAUUUGAAGAGGAAAUCGAGGAAUGGAAUCAAAACAUGCUCUACGUUUCGGAAUGCAUCGAUGAGUGGAUCAAGUGCUAAGGUCAAUGGAUGUAUCUUCAACCUAUUUUUGACUCCCCAGACAUUAUGAAGCAACUACCCUCAGAAAACAAAAAGUUCAAAAAUGUGGAUAGAAAUUGGAGAGAAAUCAUUGCUGGAACUAAACAAAACCCCAAUGUUCUUAAGUCUUGUCUCAGAGAAGGUCUUCUUGAAAAAUUCUAGGAUGCCAAUAAGAAUCUUGAUCUCGUCCAAAGAGGUUUGAAGGAGUAUCUCGAACAAAAAAGAUCCAUCUUCGCUAGAUUCUAUUUCCUAUCUAAUGAUGAGUUGCUUGAAAUCCUAUCACAAACAAAGGAAGUUGAGAAUGUGAGACCACAUCUCAGAAAAGUCUUUGAGAACAUGGCAGAUCUCGAAUUCAAAACUGACAAGACCAUUAUCGCUAUGUACUCUGGAGAAAAAGAGAAGAUCAAUUUCUUGGAAACAGUCGACCCAAGAGAGAAAGGUGUUGAGUUCUGGAUGGGAGAGGUCGAAAGAAUGAUGUUCAAGAGUGUUAGACAUGCUCUCAAGUCCUCAGUUGAUGAAUAUCUAGUUAAGCUUAGAACUGAGUGGAUCUUAGUUCAUCCGGGUCAAUGUGUCCUCAAUGGUUCACAAGUUCACUGGACCUCAGAAGUAGAAGAAGCAAUGGUAAAAGAAGGAACUGCUGGAGUCACCAAGUACUGCCAUCAACUUGACGUCUAGCUUUAAGACACUGUUAAGCAGGUCAGAAGAAAACUAACUAAAUUGUAGAGUAUUACUCUAGGUGCACUCAUCGUUAUUGAUGUACACGCUAAAGACGUCGUUGAAAACCUUAAGAGCUCUUAGAUUGAUGAUACUAAUGCAUUUGAGUGGAUCUCUCAACUUAGAUACUACUGGGAGGAUGAUGAAUGCAGGGUAAAAUGUAUCCAGACAAACUUCCCCUAUGGAUAUGAAUAUCUUGGAAAUACUAUGAGAUUAGUUAUUACCCCUCUUACUGAUAAGUGUUAUAUGACUCUUAUGGGAGCUUUGAAGCUCAAUCUUGGAGGUGCCCCAGCUGGCCCUGCAGGUACAGGUAAAACUGAAUCAACCAAGGAUCUUGCUAAAGCCGUAGCUAUUCAAUGUGUGGUGUUCAAUUGCUCAGAUGGUAUGGACUACAUUAUGGUAGGUAAAUUCUUCAAGGGUCUCGCAUCUGCUGGUGCUUGGGCCUGUUUCGAUGAGUUCAACAGAAUCAACAUUGAAGUAUUGUCAGUUAUCGCUCAAUAACUAUUGAUUCUCUUUGGAGCUAAAGGAAGAGGAGAGACUGAACUUACUUUCGAAGAGUCUCAAAUCAAACUCAAGUCUACUUUCUGUGUCUUCAUCACAAUGAAUCCAGGUUAUGCUGGUAGAACUGAACUCCCAGAUAACUUGAAAGCUCUUUUCAGACCAGUGGCAAUGAUGGUCCCAGAUUACGCCCUUAUUGGUCAAAUUAUGUUGUAUUCCUUCGGAUUUACAUCUGCUCUCUAUCUAGCCAAAAAGAUGGUCACCACCUUCAAACUCUCAUCUGAGCAACUUUCAUCUCAAGAUCAUUAUGAUUAUGGUAUGAGAGCCGUGCGUUCUGUCAUCAAUGCAGCUGGUCUUCUCAAAAGAUAAGACCCAGAUAUGAAUGAAGAUUAACUUUUGCUUAGAGCACUUAGAGACGUCAAUGUACCAAAGUUCUUGAAGGACGAUCUUCCAUUAUUCGAAAAUAUCAUUUCAGAUCUUUUCCCUGGUGUUUAGAGGCCAAAUAUUGACUAUGGUGCAUUAUUAGAUUAAAUUAAGAAGAGUGCUGUUUAGCACAAUCUAUAGCCAAUCGGACCAUUCCUUGAUAAGAUUAUUCAACUUUAUGAUACAAUCCUUGUGCGUCAUGGACUUAUGCUUGUAGGACCAACAGGUGGUGGCAAGACAUAAAAUUAUAAGACUCUUGCUCAUGCAAUGACAUAACUAUCUCACAUGGAAAGGUUUGACAUUGUGCAUUAUCACAUUUUGAAUCCUAAAUCAAUAACUAUGGGUCAACUUUAUGGAGAUGUAGAUCCUCAAACCACUGAAUGGAUAGAUGGAGUACUUGCUAAAAUGGUAGCUGACUGUGCAAGAGAUUAAUCUCCAGAAAGACAUUGGAUUAUGUUCGAUGGACCAGUCGACGCUAUUUGGAUCGAAAACAUGAAUACAGUGCUCGAUGAUAACAAGAAACUCUGCUUGAAUUCAGGUCAAAUUAUUACCCUAACUGAUAGAAUGACAAUGAUGUUCGAAGUAGAAGAUUUAGCUGUAGCCUCUCCUGCUACAGUCUCUAGAUGUGGUAUGGUUUAUAUGGAGCCAGGCGCUCUUGGACUUGAACCAUUGAUAAAAUCAUGGUUGAACACAGUUCCCUAGUCCUUCAAGAAUAAGAAGACUUUCAUUCCAAGUUUAGAUAACUAUUUCAAAAAGUACUUGAAUGAAUGCCUGAAAUUCAUGAGAAGAAACUGCAUUGAGCCAGUACCUACUGUGAACAACAAUAUCACUCAAAGUCUCAUGAGAAUUCUUGACUGCUUCUUCUCUGAUUACUAUGAUAAUGAAGUCAGAAAGAUUGCCCCUGAAGAAGUCGAAGAACUUGAAUAAUGCCUAGAAAGUUUAUUCCUAUUCGCUUUAGUCUGGUCAGUAGGAUGCACCACUAACCUUGAUGGUAGAGAGAGAUUUGAUAAGAAAGUUAGAGAGAUGAUUGGAAAGGAUUGCAAAUACCCAUUCCCUCAUGAUGGUCUAGUUUAUGAUUAUCAAUUCAACAAGACUAAUAAAGAAUGGGUCAUUUGGACAAACACUGUUCCUUCCUACAACGUUGAUAAUAAACUUGGAUUCGGAGAAAUUGUCGUGCCGACAUUUGAUUCAAUCCGUAUGAAAUAUCUUAAAAGAAUACUUGUAAUGAACAAGAAGCACGUACUCUCACCAGGACCUACUGGUACAGGCAAGACUGUCAAUAUCAAUGAGCUUUUGACUUCAGAACUCACAGAAGACUAUCAAACUAUUCCAGUUACCUUCUCAGCUCAAACUUCUGCUAACCAAACCUAGGAUGCUUUAGAUGAGAAAUUUGAAAAGAGAAGAAAGGGAGUCUAUGGUCCAGCACCAGGUAAACGUUUCGUCAUCUUCGUUGACGAUCUUAACAUGCCAAAGAAGGAAGAGUAUGGCGCUCAGCCCCCUAUUGAAUUACUGAGACAAUGGAUGGAUCAUCAGGGUUGGUAUGACAGAAAGAGCAAGGAGAAGUCAUUCAUGAAGAUUGAAGAUAUCAUAUUUAUUUGCGCUAUGGGUCCCCCAGGUGGUGGUAGAUCUCCCAUUACAAAGAGACUUGAGAGACACUUCAACAUUAUAACCUACACCAAUCUUGGCAGAGAUAGUAUUACAAUGAUCUUCUCAAAGAUUGUCAAUGCUUUCCUCUCCAGUUUCUCAGAAUAAAUUGCUUCAUGCCUUGAUGAAAUCGUAGAGGCCACUCAAAGAGUAUACAACGCUGUAGCAACCAACCUUAAGCCAACUCCAAACAAAUCACAUUACACUUUCAACUUGAGAGAUAUGUCUAAGAUAUUCCAAGGCCUUUGUGCUGCACAUUCCAAAUCCACAACACAAGUAGUCGAAUUGAUCAGACUUUGGAUCCAUGAAAACAAGAGAGUCUUCGGUGACAGAAUGAUCUCAUAAGAAGAUAGAGACACUUUAGAUGGACUAUUGAAUGACGAGGUAGUUAAUACUUUCAAAUUAACAAAGGAGCAAGUAUAUAUUACUGAGAGAAUCUUAUUUGGAGACUACUUAAACGGUAUUGAUACUGAAAUCAGGCCUUAUCUAUAUGUCCACGACUUAAAGGAUAUGGUUAAAAAGAUUGAAGGUUAUCUUGAGGACUACAAUUCAGGCUAGAAAAAUCCAAUGAAACUUAUCAUGUUCUUGGAUGCUUGUGAUCACGUAUCUAGAAUCUGUAGAAUCCUGAGACAACCACAGGGUAACGCUCUAUUGUUGGGAGUCGGAGGUUCAGGUCGUCAGUCCUUGUCAAGAUUAGCCACCUAUAUCAGCAACUACAAAAUUUACCAAAUUGAAGUCGUUAAGGGCUAUAACAUGACUAACUGGAGAGAAAAUAUGAAGACCUGUCUGAUGCAAGCUGGAGUGGAAGGCAAACCCACAGUGUUCUUGUUCUGUGAUACUCAAAUUAUCAAUGAGCAAAUGCUUGAAGAUAUCAACAACGUGCUGAACUCAGGAGAUGUGCCAGCUCUGUACAAGAACGAAGACUUUGAAGGCAUUUACAACAUCGGUAAGAGUGAGUGCUUGAGAAAGAAUUUACCUCUAAAUAAGAUGAAUAUGUUCUCUUGCUAUUUGCAAAGAGUCAAGGCCAAUAUUCAUAUGGUCUUAGCAAUGUCGCCUUUAGGAGAAAUCUUUAGAACUCGUCUUCGUAAGUUCCCAUCAUUGGUAAACUGCUGUACCAUUGAUUGGUUCACAGAAUGGCCAGAAGAGGCUCUAUUAAAUGUAGGUCGUGGGUCUAUCAGUGACGCUGACAUGAAUCUAGGCAAGGAUGAAGAGUCUUGCAUUGAGAUGUUCAAAAUCAUGCAUCAGUCUGUGGAGAAAAAGUCACAGAAGUUCUUGGAUGAGCUGAGAAGAAGAAACUAUGUAACUCCCACCAGUUAUCUAGAGUUGCUCAACAUGUACAAGGGCAUCUUAGCUGAAAGAAGAAAGUACUUUGGAGAUGCCAAGAGUAGACUAGAGAAAGGGCUUAAUGUGCUUUACGAGGCUGCCAUUGAGGUCGCUAAUCUCAGAGAGAUGCUUGAAAAGAAGAGACCAGAACUGCAAAAGACUCAAAUUGAGGUAGAGAAGACUAAAAAGAUCAUUGAGAAGGAGUCACUCGAAGCUGCAGAGACUAAGACGAUUGUGGCUGAGGAAGAAGCCAUUGCAGCCAAGCAAGAAGAGGAGGUCAUAACUAUCAAGACUGAUGCUGAUAACGAUCUUGCUGUUGCUCUUCCAGCUCUUGAUAAUGCUGUCAAGAAGGUCAAGGAAAUCAAUGUCAAUGACUUCUAUGAACUCAAAGCAGUUACAUCGCCAUCAGUUACCAUUGUGCAAUGCUUUAUGGUAGUGUGCUUUAUGUUGCUUCCUCAGAAACCAAAGAAGCCAAAUGACCCCAAGAAGAUUCAGUAUGAUCCAGAAGGUUACUUCGAAUUGGCCAAGCAAAAGCUACUUAACGACCCCAAGAAAUUCUUGCAGUAACUUAUCGAAUACGACAAGGACCACAUCGCUGACUCUCUAAUAGCCAAGGUUAAGCCACUAAUGGAAAAGGAAGAGAUGUCUGAGAAGAAAAUCGCUAACGCUUCAGGAGCGCUGGUAGCAGUCAGAAUUUGGGUGGAAGCUAUGAUUAAGUAUCACGAAGUACUUAAGAUUGUGGGCCCUAAGAAGGCCAUUGCCGAGGAGAUGGGUGCUAAGUUAGCCAUUGUGCAGUCUAAUCUCAAUGAAAAGAGACAGAAGGUCAGAGAAAUCAAUGAGAAGUUGGAUAACUUGCAGAGACAGAUGGACGAGUUGAUCAGAACUGAGAAGUCCCUGCAGGCUGAAAUCGAGGACUGCGGUAAGAAACUCAUCAGAGCUGAGAAGAUGAUCAGUGGUCUCGAGGGCGAGAAGGUAAGAUGGACUGAAACUGUCAAAACUCUCGGGGAAAGACAAACUCUGUUGAUUGGUGAUUGCUUGAUCGCUGCUGGAAUGGUCUCAUAUGCUGGACCAUUCACUGCUUAGUACAGAUUAGAACUUGAAGAAGAGUGGAGAAGUCACAUUAAGAGACUAAGUAUCAAGCACUCUCCACACGUGACUAUGAGAAACGUACUCGGAGAUGAUGUGAUCAUCAGAAUGUGGACAGUCGCUGGUCUUCCUAACGACAAUCUUUCUAUUGAAAACGGUAUUAUUAUGUUCAAAUCAAGAAGAUGGCCUCUCAUGAUUGAUCCCUAGACUCAAGCCAACAAGUUCGUUAAGAACCUAGGCAACAGUUCUGAUUCAGGAGUCCAACUUGAUAUCUUCAAACUUUCAGAAGGUAAUCUCCUCAGAAGUUUAGAGCUUGCCAUUCAGUUCGGAAAAUGGGUACUUCUUGAAAACAUCGGCGAGGAGCUAGACCCAGCCCUUGAACCUAUCUUGCUUCAGCAAAAGAUCAGAUCUGGUAGUGGCUUUGUUAUCAGAAUGGGAGAAAAAGUAAUUACCUAUAAUGAGUCAUUCAAAUUCUUCCUAACCACCACUCUUCCAAACCCUCAUUAUUCCCCUGAGACUUCAGUUAAGGUUACUAUCCUUAACUUUGCUAUCACUCCUAAGGGUCUUGAAGAACAAAUGCUCAAUCAGCUUGUGCAACUUGAAUUGCCAGAGCUCUAAGAAAAGAAGAACUAAAUUGUGGAAGACAAUGCCAGAGCUGCUAAGGAAUUAAGAGACAUUGAAGAUAGAAUCCUGCAUGGACUCACAAAGAACGAGAACAUUGCCUAGAUUCUAGAAGAUGAUGAACUCAUUAACAUUCUAGCUGAGUCUAAAAAGACCUCAGAGCAAAUUUCCAUUAGACUUAAGGAGUCUGAAAUCACUGAGAAGGAAAUCGAUAGCACAAGAGAGAGUUUCAGACCUGUCGCCUACAGAGCUUCUCUACUGUUCUUCUGUAUAGUAGAUCUAGCUAUCAUUGAUCCUAUGUAUCAGUACUCACUUCAAUGGUUCCAAAUUCUAUUCGGAAACGCAGUCUAGAAUUCAAUGCCAUCCAAUGAUGUAACUGAAAGAAUUGCAAACCUAAACAACUAUUUCACUUUAUCUUUGUAUCAAAACGUGUGCAGAUCUCUGUUUGAGAAGCAUAAGCUAUUGUUCUCAUUCCUACUUACUGUUAAGAUCUUAUUUGGUGACAACUAAAUCGAUGCAUUCGAAUGGAGAUUCCUCUUAGCUGGUCCAAGUGGAUCUAUUGAUAUCAUUCCAAACCCAACUGACUGGCUGGAUGACUUAGAAUGGACUCAGGUUUACAGACAACUUUACAUCAUGGCUCAUCUUCCAGCAUUCAAAGGCAUUGACACCUAUUUCAUUGAAUUUAACAAGAAAUUCAAGAAGAUCUUUGAUGCCCCAGAGGCUCAUGAAGAACCACUUCCAGGUGAAUGGAACAGCAAGCUUAACUCAUUGCAAAAGAUGCUGGUCCUUAAGGCAAUCAGACCAGACAAGAUCAGCUAAGCUAUUUGUAACUAUAUCAUUGAAAAGAUCGGCAAGGAAUUCAUUGACCCUCCUACAUUUAAUAUCAGAGCUUGCUACAAAGACUCAACUCUACUUACACCUCUAAUUUUCGUAUUGAGUUCUGGUUCCGAUCCAGUUGCUGACUUCAAGAAAUUCUCUGAAGAGCAGGAGAUGCUUAAGAGAACUGAGAUGAUUUCACUGGGUCAAGGUCAAGACAAGAAAGCCGAAAGAAUGAUUGACGAAGCAAAAGCAAAGGGAGGUUGGGUCCUUCUUCAAAACUGCCAUUUGGCUGUGUCUUGGAUGCCAAAGCUUGAAAUCAUAGUCGAGGGAUUGAACAACCAAAUUCACCCAGACUUCAGAAUGUGGCUUACUUCCAUGCCUAAUGAGAAGUUCCCAGUAUCCACUUUGCAAAACUCAGUCAAGAUGACUCUUGAGCCACCCCAAGGUCUAAGAGCAAAUCUUAUGCGUUCUUAUGCGCUCCUUGAUAACAAGAUUCUAAAUGAUUGCAAAAAGCCAAGAGAGUACAAGAAAUUGCUUUUCGGUUUCGCAUUUUUCCAUGCUAUUGUGCAGGAUAGAAGAAAGUUCGGGCCAAUUGGAUGGAACAUUCCUUAUGCCUUCACCUAUGAGGACUUUGAUGUCUGUAUGAAGCAACUUAAGCUUUUCUUAGAUGAAUAUGAGAUCAUUCCUUAUAAGGUACUUAACUAUUUGGGAUCUGAAAUCAACUAUGGAGGUAGAGUUACUGAUGAUAAGGACGUUAGACUUAUCAAGACUAUUUUGAGAAAAUACAUCAAUGAGGGUAUCAUGACUGAUGGACAUAGAUUCUCUGAGAGCGGCAAAUACAUUUCUAUACCUGCCAACACCUAGGAUGAUUAUGUAAACUACAUCAAAGACCUGCCAUUUAAUCCUCAUCCAGAAGCUUUUGGUCUUCACGAAAACGCAGAAAUUACAACCAAUCAAACAGAGACCAGAAGAAUUUUAGAAAGCAUCUUGUCAAUUCAACCAAGAGCCUCUGCAGCUGGUGGAAAGACUAGAGAGCAAGUAAUUAUGGAGAUAGCAAUUGAUAUUGCUGGCAAGACUCCCCCUGCUUUCGAUCUAGAAUUCGUUAUAGAGAAGUAUCCUACUGAAUACACUGAGUCUAUGAAUACUGUGCUGACCUAAGAAGUAAUCAGAUACAACAAACUCCUGACUAUGAUGGCUGAGAUGCUCGCUAACGUACAAAAAGCAGUCAAGGGAGAAGUUGUUAUGAGUGAAGACUUAGAAAAGAUGGCCUCAUCUCUAUUCGAUAAUCAGGUUCCAAACAAAUGGGCAGAUGUAGGUUUCCUUUCCUUAAAACCACUUGCUUCUUGGAUUCAAGACCUCAAUGAUAGAGUCGUUUUCCUUAAGAAGUGGAUAGAUGGAGGUACUCCAGCUGUGUUCUGGAUUUCAGGGUUCUUCUUCCCUCAGGCCUUCUUCACAGGUAUCUUGCAGAAUUAUGCUAGAAAGCACGUUAUUGCUAUUGAUGAGCUUGACUUUGAAGUCAAGAUUUACGACGAGAUCACUCCUUAGGAAGUUUCAGAGAAGCCAGAAGACGGUUGCUUCAUCUGGGGUAUGUAUUUGGAAGGAGCCAGAUGGAAUAGCACUACUCACAUGCUAGACGAUUCUAAGCCAAAGUAACUGUAUACUGAGGUUCCCAUGUGUUGGUUCCUACCUAAGAAAAACAGAAAGAAACCAGACACUGGUAUUUAUCAAUGUCCAGUGUACAAGGUGCUGUCAAGAGCAGGAACUUUGUCGACAACAGGUCACUCAACCAACUUCGUCAUGUUGAUCGAACUCCCAAGCAAGGAAGAGGAAGACAGAUGGAUUUGUGCUGGAGUCGCUGCCUUUUUGGCUCUAAGAUAUUGA